CGCGUCGUCCUCGAGACGGCGACGUGAGCAGGCAGGCACCAGGCUCGCGGCUCCCACCCCCGGUCGAUAGCUCUCCUCCUCUCUCGUCGUCGUCCGCGCCUACAAAACCAGACGAGGGGAGAGGGGAAGCUUCUCUCCUCCUCCCACCCCCACCCCACCCCCGUCGCUUUCCCAGGCCCUCCCGCCUCGCCGCGCUAGCCCCGGGGGAGCUAGCAUCAGCUUCCUCUGCUGCUGCUGCAGCCGCUUCGAGUAGCCGCCGCCGCGAGAUUCCAGUGGCGGGCGGGCGCCCCCAAUGGACGAGGAGAUCGGCGCCGCCGCCGCGCCGCAGGGCCAGUGGAAAUAUCACAAAGCUCUUUCCUUACUAGCGUUUCAGAGCUUUGGUGUGGUGUAUGGAGACCUGAGUACGUCGCCUCUUUAUGUCUUCAAAAGCGCACUGUCUGGACUGGACAAGUAUAGUGAUGAGGCGACCGUCUUUGGAUUGCUUUCACUGAUAUUUUGGACCUUGACACUCAUUCCGUUGCUAAAGUACGUCAUAAUUGUCUUGGCUGCUGACGAUAAUGGCGAGGGCGGGACGUUUGCUUUGUAUUCACUACUCUGCAGACAUGCAAAGAUGAGCCUGCUUCCAAACCAGCAAGCGGCAGAUGAAGAGCUGUCAACAUAUUAUCAGCCUGGGGUUGAUCGGACUGCUAUGUCCUCUCCAUUCAAAAGGUUUCUAGAGAAGCACAAGAAGCUGCGGACAUGUUUGCUUCUUUUUGUUCUGUUUGGAGCUUGCAUGGUGAUAGGUGAUGGCGUCCUUACACCCACCAUCUCUGUUUUGGCAGCCUUGUCUGGAUUACAAGACCGAGGCACAGGUGGAUUAGGAAAUGGUUGGGUAGUACUCAUUGCAUGUGUUGUGCUUGUUGGCCUCUUUGCGCUACAACACCGAGGUACUCAUAGGGUGGCAUUCGUGUUUGCCCCCAUUGUUGUACUUUGGCUCUUGAGCAUUGGUAUCAUUGGUCUCUAUAAUAUCAUCCACUGGAAUCCCAGAGUAUGUCUUGCUCUUUCCCCGCAUUAUAUUGUGAAGUUCUUCAAGAUAACAGGAAGAGAUGGUUGGAUUUCUCUAGGAGGAGUCCUUCUUGCCGUGACAGGCACUGAAGCUAUGUUUGCCGAUCUUGGCCAUUUCACUGCUGCAUCCAUCAGGCUGGCUUUUGUUGGUGUCAUAUAUCCCUGUCUUGUUCUGCAAUACAUGGGGCAGGCUGCGUUUCUUUCGAAGAACAUGUCUGAUGUACAUGACAGUUUUUACCUAUCAAUUCCACGUACUGUGUUUUGGCCCAUGUUUGUCCUGGCAUCUCUUGCUGCAAUUGUGGGCAGCCAAUCAAUUAUAUCUGCAACCUUCUCUAUUGUCAAGCAGUGCCUUUCUUUGGGAUGCUUUCCACGGGUGAAAGUUGUGCAUACAUCAAGGUGGAUCUAUGGCCAGAUUUACAUACCUGAGAUAAAUUGGAUUCUGAUGGUCCUUUGUUUAGCUGUGACAGUUGGCUUCCGUGACAUAAACAUUAUAGGAAAUGCUUAUGGUCUUGCGUGCAUCACUGUGAUGUUUGUUACGACAUGGCUGAUGGCACUGGUCAUCAUAUUUGUGUGGAAAAAGAAUAUCCUGCUUGCCUUGUCGUUCCUCAUAUUCUUCGGGUUAAUUGAGGGCGCAUAUCUGUCUGCAUCAUUCAUAAAGGUUCCUCAGGGAGGAUGGACUCCGAUUGCGCUUGCUUUUGUGUUCAUGUUCAUCAUGUACGUGUGGCACUACGGCACACGGCGAAAGUACCUGUUUGAUCUCCAAAACAAGGUCUCAAUGAAAUGGAUCCUUACACUUGGCCCGAGCCUUGGAAUCGUGCGUGUGCCUGGAAUCGGCCUCAUCUACACAGAGCUAGUGACUGGGGUGCCUGCCAUCUUCUCACAUUUCGUCACCAACCUGCCCGCAUUUCACCAGAUUUUGGUCUUCGUCUGCGUGAAGUCCGUGCCAGUGCCCUAUGUUCCAGCUGAUGAACGGUACCUCAUCGGGCGCAUCGGCCCCAGGCAGUACCGGAUGUACCGGUGCAUUGUGAGAUACGGUUAUAAGGAUGUGCAGAAAGACGAUGAGAACUUUGAGAACCACCUGGUGAUGAGCAUCGCCAAGUUCAUCCAAAUGGAAGCGGAGGAAGCCGCCUCUUCUGGAAGCUACGAGUCAUCGAACGAAGGAAGAAUGGCGGUCAUACACACCACCGAUGCAACCGGAACCGGUUUGAUCAUGAGAGACUCCAACGAAGGCACCUCCCUGACCAGGAGCAGCAAGUCAGAGACCCUCCAGAGCCUGCAGUCCAUCUACGAGCAGGAGUCGGGCAGCCUGAGCCGCCGCAGGGUCCGUUUCCAGAUCGCCGAGGAGGAGCAGAUCAAUCCGCAGGUGAGGGACGAGCUGUCGGACCUCCUGGAGGCCAAGGAGGCCGGCGUGGCGUACAUCAUCGGCCACUCCUACGUCAAGGCGAGGAAGAACUCCAACUUCCUGAAGUCGUUUGCGAUCGACUACGCCUACUCAUUCCUCCGUAAGAACUGCAGGGGCCCGUCGGUGACGCUGCAUAUACCCCACAUCAGUCUCAUCGAGGUCGGCAUGAUCUACUAUGUCUAGUGUAAUUUUUUGUCUGGUCUUUCGGAUCCCUGUCAGUGUCACCGAGCUUUCAGGCGAUGUAAAGAUGGGCGGUGGCCGGCCGAACAGGCUAAAGCUGCCAUCGUUCUGAAUUCCGGGGCUUUGGUGAACAUGUAAAUACACCAUGUUUCAGAUUUUCAGUUCAUGAUAGGUAACAUCAUUACUGCGAUCAACAACUACAAAGUUCGAACAUUCUUUGCUUGUGCCUGUCAGUAACUUCAAUUACCACGUAUUUGAGCAA